UUUUUUUGUUUUUCUACUACAGCUAGCAUACAGGUCGCAGUUGGAUGCUACCGAGACCGCAGUGGAAGUGGUAGAGCUAUGCCUGAUCUCCUGGCGUCUUACAGAAAAAACGGUUUGGUUUGGUCAAACCUAGACGAAACAGUUAUUCAAAAAUGUCGUAAGGAAGCGGAAGAAAGGGUAGGUUUGGAGGGUGAUUGUAAAUUAAAUCCUCAACCACUCAGUAUUUAUUCGUAAUUUUCCCUUUCAGUAGCUCUCGACAGGAUCGCAGGUUUCCGCAAAUCUGUGAAUAGCCAAUCACGACAGCUCGUUCCCAGGUCCUCUCUCCGUCUUCCUGAUGAGAAAAAAACUUGAGAACAGAGUUGACGUUUGGUUCGGAGAAAGGAGGCAAGUGUGAUGCGAGACAGAGCGAAGCACGCGAGGCGAGUUACACGCGAGGGGCGAGUCACACGCGAGAAAACGGAGGAGCUUCCUUUUUGCGCGUGUUUUAAAAAUAACCAUGUGCUAUACGGAAAUUUUUCUUUUGGUGAUUAUCUUUCAGGGAUUUAAGUGUUUUGGCAUUCAGUUCUACGGUGAAUGUUGGUCUGGCCUUAACGCAUGCGACACGUACGACAUAUAUGGCCGAUCGGAUGAGUGUUUCUGCACAAGUGAUGUUUCGUUAAAUAACACCUUUCCGAAGUACCAACUGACUGAAAAUUGUCGAGGGCCCGUUGGAGGGCGCUGGGCCAACUUUGUUUACAGGUUACGUGAGGUAUAA